AUGGACAGAGAUCUCAAGAAGGAUUUGAGGACUGUAAGAGAGGAGAUUAAGAAAGGGAUUAAAGAUGUGAUUGAGACGUUGGGGGUUUUAACGUUGAAUGAAGAUGUGAAAAAUGAUUUGAAUAUGUUGAGCACCUCGGGUAAUAGCCAAAUUGUUAGCAAGUAUUUGCAUGAUCUUGAUGAGGCGAAAAGUACGUUCAAUCAGAAGAUUCAGCCAAUUCAACAGGAGGCAGAGAGUGGGCUUCAAAAUAAGUUUAAUCAGUAUAUCCAAAGUCCGCUUAGCAAGGCGAUCGCUGCAGUUGGCUCGGCGAUUGGGGAGCUUGGCGGGAAGUUUGGUUUAAGUGGUGAGCAACAAAAGAAAUUUGUAGAUAUUUUCGGGUAUAUUAAAGAAAAGGUUGGGGAGAUUAAGGGGCAGAAGGGGACUAAAAAAAGUAGUUGGGAAAUUGAAAACGCCACAGGUCUGACGGGGAUCGCACAGGGAGUGCAGCAUUAUUUCAAUUUUUUCCAAGGUCAAUUCGGCAAAGCAGUCCAGGGCUGGCUGGACGGAAUUUGGGGGAAGGAGGAGGAGAACGGCAAGAAGACGUUGGACUGGCUUCAGGCGUGGAUUACUACAAAAGGCGGACAGUUGCAGAACAGCCGACGUAUUCUCGGUGGUGAGUCUGAAAUGAACAUAUUCCGCGAAGACGUUAUCAAGCAGAUUAGGGAGCAGUUUAGUAGCGACGAAGAAGCAGCCGGUAGAGAGGUUAAAAACGGAAUUCAAAAUAGCGUCACCGCAAAAGAUUACAGCCGUCAUGGAUGGGUGCAAGCAUUUUGUAAACGCCCUUGA